GACUACUUUGGUACUGAGACGGUGCUAAUUGGUUCUAGGUAAGGAAAAAUAAGAUCAAAAAAUCGCUAAAUAGCAAGACACGUGAGUUAAAGUUGUGAAUACUCCUAUAAAUUCUUGGUGGAGGUGUGCUGCCCGGUUCUCUGAAUCAUGAGCCAGAUCAAAAUGCUAUUUUCUUCACCCAUUUUUAGACCUUGUCUCGGUCUCUAACAAUCACCAAAGGGGUCAGGAUCAGGGGGUACUCCCUUAUAUAAGGGAAGGGUAGGUGUUUUGGGCCUCUUUGGUCUGAAAACACUUUGCCCAUUUUGGUCUGGAAUCGGGUAUGGUUUUCGAGAGAACUACGGGAGCGUACAUGAAUGGACGUAUAUCGUUUCAAUUCCAAAUGAAUAAGAACGAAAUAGAAAUGUGCUAAUUCGAAAUGCAUUUGGAGAAUUUUUUUUUGUUUCCGCUCUAACUUGGUAAUGAUGACAUAAUUUUUACCUAAUUAGACCUAACCUGUUCCAGGCUCCGAGAUAGUUGGGUCCGCUUAAUUGGGGAAGCGAAAACACGAAAAUAAAACGGGAGAAAACUGGGGAGUCUGCCCAACUAUCUGAGUGCCUGGAACAGGCUAAAUUAGGCCAGGUCCGAAAAUGGGUAUGGAUUUUAGAGAUCUGGUCUGAAAACGGGUGUGGAAAAUGACAUUUUUUGGUCUGCAAUAAGGUCAGGAUUCGGAGAACCGGGCACCACACCCCCACCAAGAAUUCCCAGCAGUACCCCCCUCCGGGGAUCAGGAGCAGGGUGUAAAUCAUGACAUCAUAAUCAUCGCUUAGAAUAUAACGUUGGAUUACUCAUUUCAGUUAUUAUUCACGUGUGUGAGUAAUCUCUUCCCCCUGAAUACUGCUUUUGUGCAUCGCGGAAUGCCAAACAUUGACCUUCUCGUCUGAGUUCUUCGUUCAGUCCUCAUAUUCCCAAGGCUUUAUUUGAAACGGAAUUGUGGCAUCCCAUAAUAAUUUUACUGAUCUAACACCAAUACUAUUUUUUUUUUAAUUCGGUGCUUCUCAUUGGUUUAAAACUGCAAAUUGAAAUCUCUUCUAACUCUUUCCUUUUAUAAAAUUCAGAGUUUAAUUUCAGUUGCCUUGAGUACCGGCAUAACCUUCCUUCUCCGUGGGAAGAAUGGACUACGUGAACAGCCAAGGGAAUGUUAAAGCUGGGACUACUGUUUUUGCUAGUCCGCUUUCCAUUUCUCUCAGUUUUACCUUUCUAAAGCUGUUUUUAUAUACAUAGUCGGUAGUCCGCGUUUUAUACCUGGUCCGUGUUUUAUACUCAGUCCGGAGUCCUCAUUUUAUACCUAGUCCGUAUUUUAUACCCAGUCCGCAGUCCGUGGUCCGCAGUCCGCAGUCCAUAUUUUAUACUGACCGCGUGGAGAUGGUCCGUUUGUUUUGUAGCCAGCCUUCAAUUCUUAUUUAGUGGAUAGUACCUACGAUUGCAAAACUCAACAAGAUUCCACCUUAACCGGCCAGGACGAAGAAGGAGACGUUCAGUUAAAGUUAAAGGUAUAUUGUUUUGUUUUGUUAUAUUUUGACUUUUGGACUAUUUUAGUUCAUGGGAGUUUCGACGACUCAUCCCAUUUUGUCCAUGUGAUAUUGAUAUAUUAACACACACUACGUCUGGGCCGCCUCUGCAUGUCCGAACCGAAGAUCUUGCCAAGGUCUUCGGUUUGAUGACUUGACGGUAUCGGGUAAGUCUUAUUUCAGUAUUUAACUUGUCGUUUAUUGUAGAAUCCGGAUUAGUAAAUACAGCGCUGGCGGCUUAUGUUUCUAUUUUUCGCUGUUUGAGGCCAAAUCCGCCGAACAACGUGUAAGUAACAGGGCACCCAACGACGGUUUCCUUCAAAAUACGUUGAAAACACUGUUUAGGCUAUCCAGAGUACUUUUAGAUCUCUAGAAAUGCAUUCUAAGCGGCGUUACCAAAUUUUUUUUUUUUUGUCAUCCAAGGGGAAUUUCAGUCUUUUCGAAAUUACAAGGUCUUCAGUAUUUUUUUUUUUUGAAAAUUUUAAGUGUAUUUUAACGUUUUACGAAAGUAAGAAUUUUUCUGAUUCCUCUCUCCAUCACAUUUUAGAAUCCGAAAAUUUUAGGUUUCGUUUUUCUAAUUUUUAAGAAAAAAAAUAGUGUAACCUGGGUAGUAAAAUUUAAAAAUUAAACUUCUGAAAAUCGUAGGGAAUUUAUUAGAAAAGCUUGGAAAAUUGUACACGAAUGGAACGUUCAUCUAGAAAUUUUUAGCCGUCCAUAAGCAAAAAGAAAAGUUUAGGCAGUAUUUGCUUCUCCGAACAGAUGUUUUACAGAAAACAGUCGUUGGGUGCCCAUGAAGUAACCUUGUGAAUUGAAAGAACCGCGAGGCCUGGCUAAAGGUCAGGAGUUGAUUAUGAAGACCACAUUAUGUCCUUACAGCGAGAUUUAAGUCUGUGACGUUACUAACUAUGAAACCAGGGACCGAUGGAUAUGUUUAAGUUGGUGUUUUGACAAAAUAAAUAGAACUGCAAAACGUGUGCAAGCUUACAUUUACCUAACUCAAGGAUUCUCGGGUGAUAAGUAAUGAACUUUAUUUUCGGAUCUGGGAAGGGCUUGAAGAGAAGGAAGGUGCCAGCAUCUAUCAAUCAAUUAUUUUGGACUACCUCAGUCAAUCUUGAUGAGGGAGACAAAAAUCUCUUGCUAUAAAGGCAGUCUUCUCCAGCUUAAGUUUUUUUGGAAUUUUUUUAAUAUUGUACAAUAAUUAUUCUGAAACUCACAAAAUGGUGAACACCAGAAAUAUUUAUGGAAUGUUAUUGCGUUGCGAGAAAUAAGCCAAUGAGGAGCAAGAGAACUAAACCGCAAACAGCAACAGUAAUUAGUUUAUGGUUUGAAGGUUUGCUUGCGUAUCCUGAACAUUAUUGUGAUUCAACAUUCCUGAAAAAUUUCAAGUGUUCACGGUUUUCUGAGUUUGUCAGUAAUGCUGUGCAUGAUAUUCUUAUCCAUUUUAUCUUUUGUAGGAGAUUUGUUAUUGCUAUCGUUAGUUUUAACUUUAUUUCAUUUUAUUUAGCUAGAUGUCUUGCAUGAUGGCACCCCUAGUGCAAGACUAAAAAUUUUUAAAUAAAGGUUGAAUGAAAGUAAUGCUGUAUAGUUCAGUUAAAACACAUUUGUUCAAUGACCACACAACUACGUCUCAUACAAACUGCUCUGUAGUCUCAAUGUUGCUUAUAUUUAUUGGGACACACAAAUGUUAAAGAAGGGGACUGAACAGUGUUAACCCUCUUUUUAACAGAAGUCAGUUCAAUGACAUGCCAAUUCAAUAAUCUCAGUAGCCUGUGUACAGCAAUUUUUUCUGAGAGGAGGGGGCAACUGUACAUAUGCUAUUAUCUCAGUAUAAGUUUAAAAAAAACACAUCAAUCCAAUUUCCAUUGUCCAAAAUCAAGGAAUUAUAGGGGCAAAAUAUUUUUUUACUUUGGGCAAGACAGAUCGAGUUUAAGUUGGAAGGGGUGCAGGUUUUCUCUUUUGGUGACCGUAGUUCAAUGACGUGACCACAUCACAGUUCAAUAAUCACAGCAGAAUUUCAUAAAACAUACUUCAAUUCAAUGUCCAGUGACACUAAUUUAAGGAAUAGGAUCAAUAGUUUUUAUUACUCUGGGUGAGGUGGAAGCAAGGGAAAGGGGUGAGGGUUUUCAAUGGCGCUGAGGUCCAUACUUAAAACAGCUUGCAUUUUUCAUUGCUUGACACUGUUAAUAGACCUGAUAUUAGCCUUUUUUUUUACUAAAACUGUAGCGUUUUCAAUACUACUGCAUAUUCUUCCAGUUUGUCCAGGGGCCCGUUUUUAUUGUUCCUUUCAUUUGAUGCUUGUAUCUCGGUUAUAAUUUUGUAGUUAAAAUUUCUAGGAAGAGGGUUGGGGGUUAGUGGUUCUGCAGAACCAUCUAUACUUAUUUUACCGUCCAUGCAUUUGGCAAUUAUGUGCUCAUUGAUAAUUAUUAUAUGACCUUGUAUGCCUCUGCAACUCCAUAGUAGGUCAAAAACUACCCCUUCAGAAGACUUUUUGAAGGGAAUUUUAUGCUACCACAGGUUUGCAAAAAGAAAGGGACCAUGUAUAAACAAUCACAGGUGUAACAACAAUGGUGAAUCUGGGUCGAUCCCAAGAACUUCAUAAUACACAGUCUUUCCACCACCAGUUAGCGUUAGGACAAUGCAAUCAUUAUUCUCUAAAAUGAAAUUUGAAACAUCCCAACACAAUUAUUUUUUUCAAAAAAAAAGUGUCUAGGGCCACAUCUUCUGUCUGGUUAAGUGGUAGUUACGAUGGUAUCUGAUCAACUUCAUAAGCCCCCUCCAUCGGGGUAACAAAAUUGUCUAUCAACUUAAAAGCAAAGUUAGCAAUGAUUUAUUUACUAAGACACAAAUGAUGUGUUCCAAGAGAGCAUGGUAAAACCCAAUUGGUCUACUGUAUAAUAUCACAAAAACAAAAACCAAAAAAAAAACAAUACACACAAUAAGUAUUUGCUGCACAUUCGACACAGCUUCAUCAUGAAAUGAGGUAUAUAAUUAAAAAGUAAGUAGAAUUUAUUUACACCGGGCUGUGCAUUCAGUGACAAGUGUGGUAUCCGGUGAGGUAAUCGAACAAUAAAAAAAUACAAUUGAAAAAAUCUAAAGCUAGUUUGAACGCUUUUUUUACUUUACAUGAGCUUACAUUGCCCAGCAAAUGAUACAAAACAUGAUAUCCUGAGACAAACGUUUAAAAAUUAUUUUAUUAUCUAUUUAAUAACAUAACUUAGAGGUCUUGAGACUGGACGUGACUAGUUUGUUGCCUUUAAUUUCGAGUACUCAAGAUAUAGUAUGCAGCAAAUAGUAUUUUAAAGCUUUACAAAUAUCUCGCUUCAUUUGGCUGUUACAACAAUUGUCAGUCAUUUUUCAUUUCGACUGAAAAGAUCGUUUCAUCACUGGCGAUCUUAACAGAAACGAUUACUAACUAACUAAGUUAACGUUCCUGACCGGCUGUUACCUUGGUGCGCGCAGCAGUUUCAUUAAAUUAAAUCAAGGCAGUCCGUCCGCGGCUAGUAGUUCUUCGAUGACUUUUCGGUAGUAAACAUUCUGAGUCUGUUAUGAUGCUUGAGUCUUUUUGUGUGGGGUAAAAAAGUUGAAAACCGCUUUCCCUUCAUACACACGAUGUGAAUAGGCAUGCAAUGAUUUACUCUAAAUUCGCAAAAUAAACAGGGCUGAACUUAUUUUAAAAAUUGCAUAUUCGUCCGCCAUUACUCUUGCCGCCAUCGUGAAAACAAGAUCUGCCAGACGUCUAGCCUGCGUAGCAAGCGUUUCCGCGCGAGUUCGUCGAGAAAGUUGGGAAGAGAGCAAAAAAAGGAAUGACGGGGGAGGGGGAGGGGAAAGAAGGAACCGCUUGCCCGCAAACCCCACGAUAUUCAAAAACUACGUUCGCCCACGAACGCAGCUUCUGAUUGGUGUGGUGCUAGUAGUGUUGAUUGCUUAGCACUUGAAACAUCAAUCAAACCAGGUAUGCUUUGUUUACGAGCGUCACAGAUCUGGUCUCAUCUGAUUUGUGGUCGCAGAUUGCAAAUGCUUUGGACUGACAUUUAUUUCAAUCGUGUUUGUGCAAAGGUUUAUGAGAUCAUAGUCUUCAAAGUAUAUUUGGAGAUCGAGCAGUGGAGACUAGGGAAGGCCAAUUUAUUGGGUAUGACGGCGUGCGGAUCUGACUUGAAAAAAACAAAUGUACUAUUUGUUGGAGAUAACAUCAACGUAAAUCAGAACAUCAGUACUCAACACUAGCUAAAGCCGCCAUAGACAAGCGAUUUGUUAGAUUUUUGAAAUGAAAAGAUUAUUUUUGUUUAUUGGAAAUUUAGAGGCAUGUAUUCUAGAGAACGUUUCGACACGGGCUGAAGAGCAGCCGCUCUGCACACAGGCAGCCCAAGCGCACUAUUUGUGGGUUCGGGCUUCAGAGGUCAUUUGGUCGGAAUAUACUAGAAUUAUUAGCGUAUUAUCUAAUGCCAAAUAAAUGCAAAAAGUCUUAAAGAUAUGAAGUCUUCUUGUUUUUCUAUUGGUACUAGUAGCCUUUAAGAUAACGAAAAUCGAUAUUUCUUGCAUUAUUGCAUGUGAUUCGGGCACUUAUUGUUCGAAUUUUAUCACAUGUAUUCGAAUCUACAACGCUAAGGAAAAAAAAAAUCAUGAUCACGCGAAAUAUUGAUUCAAAAAGCUCCCUUACCUUUCGUUCAUAGCCACUCUGUGUCCUACGGCUGGUUUAAACGCCGUUUAGUCGACUUUCUUUCCAUCGAGUACUGAACACUAUAAAAGAAGGGAAGGCUGGAGACCUUCCAAUUGACCCUCGCCGCUCGAAGGCCAAUAAAUUCCAAACAAAGCGACCGAUCUCCCUAAAAUUGCCACCAGCCAGACCGAAGAGUGUACACCUACCCGUUCGACGAGCGCCAGGUUCUAAAUUCGGCUGCAUGAGCUCGAGGAUCGUUGCAUUUCGCAUCGAUUCUGGCCAGCUUCGCUUCGCCAUGAUGCGCAAUCUUAACUGUUAUCCUACGAGAUUCAAAUCUUGGAGCUUAACGACGGCGUCAGAUGGACAAAACGUCACUCUCGCGGGGGGAGGGUCGUCACUUUUGCCCUAUCGCAAACCGACACCGUCCGGCGAGCCGGUGCGUUUAAUUCGGCCGGAAACAGCUGACACGUGUAUGACACAUGAAACCCAAAAACGUCCCAGACUGUCUUAUCUCCGAUUUGAGAUUUAAAUCUUGCCAAUAACGGUUCCAAAAUCAGUUUGUUGCAGUCCGUUGUUUGGGUCAGUAGUUCUGUUCAAGUUCGAUAUUUCCUUUCGUAUUUUAACAAUAGUUCUUUUCAGAGCUACCCUAAAAUAUAUUUUUCUUUUACACGUAGCUUGUUUGUUAGUAAAAUCGCGUGUAUUUCGGUUCCUGUGGUGAUCGCGUGUAUUUCGGUGCCUGUGUCUAGCGUUUGAAGAAAGUCUGUUGAUAACGAUGUUCUCAAAAGUAGCCAGACAAGAGGAGGAUUUACCUCCGAAGAAGAAAAGGAAAUCUUUUGGCUAUUCAGAAGAGUGGAAAAUAAUAAAGACAGUCUGGGACGUUUUUGUGUUUCAUGUGUCAUACACGCGUCAGCUGUUUCCGGCCGAAUUAAACGCACCGGCUCGCCGGACGGUGUCGGUUUGCGAUAGGGCAAAAGUGACGACCCUCCCCCCGCGAGAGUGACGUUUUGUCCAUCUGACGCCGUCGUUAAGCUCCAAGAUUUGAAUCUCGUAGGAUAACAGUUAAGAUUGCGCAUCAUGGCGAAGCGAAGCUGGCCAGAAUCGAUGCGAAAUGCAACGAUCCUCGAGCUCAUACAGCCGAAUUUAGAACCUGGCGCUCGUCGAACGGGUAGGUGUACACUCUUCGGUCUGGCUGGUGGCAAUUUUAGGGAGAUCGGUCGCUUUGUUUGGAAUUUAUUGGCCUUCGAGCGGCGAGGGUCAAUUGGAAGGUCUCCAGCCUUCCCUUCUUUUAUAGUGUUCAGUACUCGAUGGAAAGAAAGUCGACUAAACGGCGUUUAAACUAGCCGUAGGACACAGAGUGGCUAUGAACGAAAGGUAAGGGAGCUUUUUGAAUCAAUAUUUCGCGUGAUCAUGAUUUUUUUUCCUUAGCGUUGUAGAUUCGAAUACAUGUGAUAAAAUUCGAACAAUAAGUGCCCGAAUCAGAUGUAAUAAUGCAAGAAAUAUCGAUUUUCGUUAUCUUAAAGGCUACUAGUACCGAUAGACAAAGAAGAAGACUUCAUAUCUUUAAGACUUUUUGCAUUUAUUUGGCAUUAGAUAAUACGCUAAUAAUUCUAGUAUAUUCCGACCAAAUGACCUCUGAAGCCCGAACCCACAAAUAGUGCGCGUGGGCUGCCUGUGCUGUGCAAAACUUAUAGCGGACGGAGUGAAUUGUUCCGGACAAAUCAUUGUUGACGUUUCGACAAGGUUUCACGACGAGAUAAAGCCACACAAUAACAACAACAAGAAAUUCCGCAGCAACCUCUCAGAGGUUUACCUUCUUGUGUCGUAAACCUUUUUUAUUACAGUUUUUGCAAUCGCAUGGAACGUGUUCUAUUAGAGAACAAAGUAAUUUUAGAAGUCUGGCAAUCCAGGGGUAAUCUGUUCGUUAUACUUCUAUUUUGACGAGCUGUCAAUUUACAAACGAACCGAACCGUGAAAUAUCAAGGGGCGUUUUUCAGAAUCGUGGGGUUUGCGAGCAAGCGUUUCCUCUUCUCCCCUCCCCCUCCCCCUUCCACCUUUUUUUAUCGCUUCCGAUCUAACUUUCGCGCAAUAACUCGAUUGGAAACGCUUGCUACGCAGGCUACCAGACGUCUCGCCCGUUUUCUCCUUCCCGCCUUCCUUUGCGCGCACAUUUUCAUCGAGAGAGAGACGUCUGGGUACCAGGCAGGCCGGUUUCCGACGCCAUCUUGACGAGCAGGCAAACGCGUGAGAAAUUACAGUAUUUGUAUGAGAAUCUAAUGUCGAAUAAUUUCCGUAGAACGGCUGUUCUGGAAAAGAAAAAAAAAGAAUUGUAAACUAAAACUUCACUCCUAAGGAUUCUACUGAAAAAAUUGAGGACGUUACAUGCGCUAGAAGACCUAGAACCACUUUUUUAAAUUUUCUAUACAUUUGUCUGUAAGAAAUUCCGGAAAAAAUUACAGACAAAUAUAUGGAAAAUCUAAAGCAAGCCUCUGGAGAAAUUUAAGUACAGGUACGCCCCUAAAUGUUUAAGUACCAUCCUUUGCUUUGUAGCUUUAGUUUACAACUGAUAUUUUUUUCAGAAAAGCCGUUUUACGGAAAUUAUUCGACAUUAGAUUCUCACGCAUGCAAACACUGUAAUUUCUCAUACGUUUGCCUACUCGUCAAGAUGGUGUCGAAAACCGUGACAAGAUCUAGAACUUGAUACUCAAAAUAAUCAUCCUUUUCGAAAUCUCAGCCUCGGGUUUAUUCUUAAAAUAUUCUUAAAAUUUUGCAAAUUUCAGGCUCGGUAUUCUUAUAAAAUAUAGUUUUAUAGAAAAAAAAGAGUGUAUAUCUGUAAUUCAGUUAAAACAAGGUUUUGACCAUGAAAUCAUACAUUUACUUUUAGUUUCAUGUGGUUCAAUAGCUCGUCUGUCGUAUGAAUAUAACAUGACACUGAAAAGUCCUACGUACUGUGAUCGAACUUGAUGCGUAGUGAGUUUUUUUUCGCAAAUCCAACUCGAAAUCCAUAUCGAAUCCUAACUCGAAAAUCCAACUCGAAUCCUAACUCGAAAAUCUAAUUCGAAAAACCAACUCAAAAUCUUUGCUCGGAAAUAGGUAUUCUCCUCUCCAAUGACAGAUCCAUGACAGUUCUUGAAUUCAUUGUUAUAGCUGAUUUCUUCCCAUUUACUUCAGCUAUUAUACUUUCAUUACAAUGCCACCAUACCAGCAACCAAAUAACGACGGCUCUUGUUUCUUUUCAGUACUUUGUCCAAGAGGUUGGCUUUCAAGUUUUCAUGGCGGAUGUUUCAAAGUCCAUUCCAAUCCCCUGGACUGGAACUCAGCAAAAUCCGCGUGUGAAGCACUAGAAUCAAGCCUCGCCUUACCGAAUUCGAAAGCUAAAUCACGAGAAUUUCUUCAGUUGUUCAACGGUGCAGGUGCGAGCAACGACUUGUGGAUUGGUUUAUACAGGGAUCCCAAAAACAAGCGACGAUGGCUAUGGGUCGAUGGGUCAAGCGCUUAUUUCACUUUCUGGCAUACUGGAGAACCAAACAAUCUUGGUAACGAGGAUUGUGUCGAAUUUAGAAUGAAAUCAGGGAAAUGGAAAUGGAAUGAUAUAGCAUGUGGUAACCAUCGUCCUUACAUUUGUGAAAUCAAUGGUAAGUACAACAUCCUUCAUGAACAGAUAUACAAUUGAUGGUUUGAAACUGGUUUUAAGCCCAGGGGGUGCUCAACAAAUGUUUAUACGGAGAGGCUCCGUCCCCGAGUUUUCACGAAAAAGUUACCCCUUUCGUAUACUUUCUAUUGACAAAUCGUACAUCUU